GGCUAGCUCAGAGUAGCCCAUAUACAUCAGUCACCACAUUCCUUUUAAAUUCCAAUUUUACCCCUCCCCUUCCAUCACUUUCUCUGCGUCGGCGGCGAAAAACCCGACGUCACUCACCGCCUUUUGCUACACUCCUACACGCCAUCUCUUCCUCAUCAUCUCGCAAUCGCUAUUAUUUUCUCGAGGAAAAUGAAUCAAAUGCAAAGGAUUCUCUCUGCUCGUCGACUAUCUCACUCAAUCAUACCUCAAUCGUGCUUUCUUCACCGGCGGUGGUUCGCGACCUCAGAAACUGAUGCUUCGUCGCCACCAUUGUCUUCCGCGCAUCAAAAGAUCCAAACUUUGGAAGACAAAGCUUCCAACAAAAGCCGAAGCACGGCGUUGACAACAUCUUCUCUUAAUGAACAAGAACUUGCCAAAUUCUCUGCCAUUGCUGAUACCUGGUGGCAUUCUGAAGGGCCGUUUAAGCCGUUGCAUCUGAUGAAUCCAACUCGGUUGGCUUUCAUCCGCUCCACCUUAUGCAGGCAUUUCAGUAAGGAUCCGAGUUCUGCUAGGCCUUUUGAAGGGCUGAGACUUAUUGAUGUAGGUUGUGGCGGUGGACUUCUUUCCGAGCCUCUAGCACGGUUGGGAGCAACUGUCACAGGGAUUGAUGCUGUUGAUAAGAAUGUCAAAAUUGCUCGUCUUCACGCUGAUAUGGAUCCUAUGACUUCAAAAAUUGAAUACCAAUGCACUACAGCAGAAAAGCUAGUGGAUGAAGGGAGGACGUUUGAUGCUGUUCUUGCCUUAGAGGUCAUCGAGCAUGUAGCAAACCCUGCAGAGUUCUGCAACUCGUUGUCAGCAUUGACCAUCCCCAACGGAGCCACGAUACUUUCUACAAUUAACCGCUCUAUGCGAGCGUAUGCAUCAGCCAUUGUUGCAGCAGAGUACAUUCUACAAUGGCUUCCUAAAGGCACACACGAGUGGUCAAGUUUUCUAACUCCUGAAGAACUUACUAUGAUACUACAACGCGCUUCAAUCGAUGUGAAGGAGAUGGCUGGAUUUGUGUACAACCCAAUAACAGGAAGAUGGUUAUUGUCAGAUGACAUAAGUGUGAACUUCAUCGCUUAUGGGACGAAAAAAUAAUGAUCUUGAAGACAUAUAAUCGAUUGUUCUUCAAUCUGUGUAUCUCUCUGCGCAUCUGCUUCUGGAAGUUUCUUAGGACAGGACAGUAGUUAAAUUUGAAAUAAGUGAGAGUAAUCCGAGGAUACCGUUCCAAACUUUAUUAUUAUAAGUUUACAAAGUGAAACAAUUAAGAAAUUGUCAAUGCUUACAAAAUACUGGGAAAAACAAAAGAAUCUGAUAUACAAAUUAAGUAAAUCCAGAUUUGUUUUUGUUUAUGUGUUUAUUAAAACUGAUGGCCAAGUUCUUCUUGCA